UUUAAACCUUUUAACGCUCACCGUUCAUUAUAGUCUCUGACCCACGCACAGCAGCAGCAACAGGCCAACAUAACAACUACUCAAACCUCAGUCCAUCUCAAAUCACCCAUCCGAGAUCCUGCUAAACGCACUCUCUCUCUACACAAUUCAAACAAACAGAAAUUUAUAUAUUUUUCAUUUAUCUCUCUAACAAGUUCCAAAACCCUAGGGUUUUCACUGGAUCCGUCAAUGGCUGACGAACCUGCAUCGCCGUCUCAGGCGUCGCAAUCUCAGGCUGCGCCACUCGGGUCUCCGGUGAUACCGAUAGUGAACAAGCUGCAGGAUAUAAUCGCGCACCUCGGAAACCAAUCGUUCAUAAGCCUGCCGCAGGUGGCGGUUGUGGGGAGUCAGAGCAGCGGAAAAUCCAGUGUGUUGGAAGCGCUUGUAGGGAGGGAUUUCUUGCCCCGUGGAAAUGAUAUUUGCACUCGGCGGCCGCUGGUUCUGCAGUUGUUGCAGAUUAAGAGGAAGGGCGAUGGCAGCGAGGAGGAGUGGGGGGAGUUCUUGCAUCUUCCUGGCAAACGAUUCUAUGAUUUCUCUGAGAUCCGGAGAGAAAUUCAAGCUGAGACAUCCAAGGAAGCUGGGGAUAACAAAGGUGUCUCAGACAAGCAGAUUCGCUUGAAAAUUUUUUCACCUAAUGUUCUUGAUAUCACACUUGUUGAUCUACCUGGAAUAACAAAGGUUCCUGUGGGUGAUCAACCUUCUGAUAUUGAAACACGAAUUAGAACCAUGAUUGGCUCCUAUAUCAAGCAAAAAAGCUGUUUGAUUCUGGCUGUCACAGCAGCAAAUUCAGAUUUGGCAAACUCAGAUGCUCUUCAAAUGGCUGGAAUGUAUGAUCCUGAUGGUGUUAGAACUAUUGGAGUAAUUACAAAGUUGGACAUUAUGGACAGAGGUACCGAUGCUCGUAAUCUUUUGCUAGGAAAAGUGAUCCCCCUUCGGCUUGGUUAUGUUGGUGUCGUUAAUCGUAGUCAAGAGGAUAUUAUGCUAAAUCGGAGUAUCAAGGAUGCACUUGCAGCAGAGGAGAAGUUCUUCCGCAGCCGUCCAGUAUAUAACAGCCUAGCUGACCGUUGUGGUAUUCCUCAGUUGGCAAAGAAAUUGAAUCAGAUUCUUGUGCAGCAUAUCAAAAGCAUACUGCCCGAGCUGAAAUCAAGAAUAAGUUCUGAACUGGUUUCUGUUGCAAAGGAACACGCAAGCUACGGGGAAAUCACAGAAUCAAAGGCUGGUCAGGGAGCUCUUCUCCUAAACAUACUUUCAAAAUAUUCUGAGGCAUUUUCUUCAAUGGUAGAGGGUAAAAAUGAAGAAAUGUCAACAUCUGAGCUGUCUGGUGGGGCACGUAUUCAUUAUAUAUUUCAAUCCAUCUUUGUGAAGAGUUUAGAGGAGGUUGAUCCAUGUGAGGACUUGACUGAUGAUGACAUUAGAACUGCCAUUCAGAAUGCAACUGGUCCUAAAUCUGCACUAUUUGUACCAGAAGUGCCUUUUGAAGUUCUUGUUCGAAGGCAAAUAGCUCGCUUGUUAGAUCCUAGCCUCCAGUGCGCUAGGUUUAUAUAUGAUGAAUUAAUGAAGAUUAGCCAUUGCUGUCUGGUAAAUGAACUGCAAAGGUUUCCUGUUCUAAGAAAGCGUAUGGAUGAAGUUAUUGGAAACUUUUUGCGAGAUGGUCUUGAACCAUCAGAGACAAUGAUUGGCCACAUUAUUGAAAUGGAGAUGGAUUAUAUAAACACCUCACAUCCAAAUUUUAUUGGCGGUAGUAAGGCUGUGGAGAUUGCACUGCAACAAGUCAAGUCUUCUAGGGCUGUUCCUCUCUCUUUGAGACAAAAGGAUGGUGCAGAACCUGAUAAGGCACCAGCAUCAGAGAGGACCCUCAAGUCUCGGGCUAUUCUUGCCAGACAAGUAAAUGGAGUUGUUGCUGACCAGGCAGUAGGUCCUGUAGCAGAUGCUGAGAAAGUCACAGCCCCUGGGAACUCAAAUGUUUCAAGUUGGGGUAUUUCAUCAAUUUUUCGUGGGGGUGAGAACUCUCGUUUGUCUGCUAAAGAAAGCUCUACAACCAAGUCACAUAUUGAACCUGUUCACUGCAUGGAAACUUUUGAGCAAAGCUUUUCUAUGAUCCAUUUAAGAGAGCCUCCAACUGUUUUGAGACCUUCAGAAAGUCAUUCGGAGCAGGAGGCUAUCGAGAUUGCCGUCACUAAAUUGCUAUUGAGAUCGUAUUAUGACAUUGUUCGGAAGAAUAUCGAGGAUUCUAUACCAAAAGCAAUCAUGCAUUUUUUGGUGAAUCAUACAAAGCGUGAACUGCACAAUGUCUUUAUUAAAAAGCUCUACAGAGAGAACCUGUUUGAGGAGAUGUUGCAGGAACCUGAUGAGAUAGCCACAAAAAGAAAACACACUCGAGAUAAACUUCGAGUUCUUCAACAGGCUUUUAGGACAUUGGAUGAAUUGCCAUUGGAAGCUGAAACGGUUGAAAGGGGAUAUAGUUUGGGUGCUGAUACAACAGGUUUGCCAAAGAUCCGUGGACUGCCAACAUCAUCAAUGUAUUCUAUUAGUAGUGGGUCCAGUGAGUACUCGGCUUCUCCUAGGAACACAAAGUCUCGCAAGUCAUCUCACUCAGGGGAGCUACAAUCUCAUUUUUACGCUAAUGCAGAAUCCAAUGGAAGUGGACAACCUUAUGUUCUCUAUCCAACUGUUGAUUAGUAAGCCACCUGAAUAAGCAUAUACUGCUUUUGAAGUUUCCAGUUAUUAAUAUAUCCAUUUGAUUGCCAAGCCUCUCGGUUACUGAAAUUUCAACUCUCAGAGUUGGCUCAUUGAGCUUUACAAGUGCAUACCAGUUGUCUUUUGCCCAUUUAGUUUCUCUGAUGGAGAAUAGGUUUAUAAUUGCAUAAUUAUUAUUUUUUUUUUACAAGGCUUCAGAAAAUAACAGGGAGCCAAUAGCAUUUUCCCCCAUCAGAAGCUGAAAGAGCUCUCAAUAUAUACACAUUCACUAUAUUUUGACCAAGUUAUUAUCUCUUUAGAUUUGUUUGCCUCGUUGAAAAGUGUUUCCCAGUUCCAGCAGGGAUCAUUGGUUAAUGUCUUCAUUAUCAUCUAAUAUUAAUCUUUACUGUCCGAUUGAUAAUGUGAUUGUGUUAACAAUAUCUACACUCAUUAGUGUUUAUAUUCCUAGGUUUCCAAAUAUUUGGUUCCUGUCUUCUUUCUUUUUGAGUUGUUCACAAUUGAGUUUAUUCUCAAAACUUUUUGUGCAGAUUUUGGAAUUUGUAUAGUUAAAGGCGGUUUUGA